UUGUAUUCAGGUUCUUUGCUUGGAGCGAAUUCUUCUCCGACAUGGGAAGAUAUCGCUUUCGUAGUGUACAAUUUCAUAUUUUUUAUAAUGACCCUAACUUCUGGAUUAUUUUAUUACCAUCUUUACCAACUUUUGAAAAAGCUACAUUCAGAUGUGAUUCCAGAAACUCAAAUAUUAUACCGCGUUGUUCCUAUUUAUAGUCUACAAGUGUUUCAAUGUUUCUACCUCAUUUCACCCCAAUUAUCAUUUCAUUAUCCUACACAGCGUCCAUGCAGCCAAUACGAUCAGUGGCUAUUUCAAUAGUUUAUCCAAUUUUCAAAGAGUCUUCAGUGUGA